UCUGAUGUACCAAUGCAGGGGAUAUUUGCCAGGCACACAGAGAGACAGCUGCACUGCUACAGCGGGAAGGGAAUGUGAACUCAAAUAAAGAAUGAACCGGAUUGCCACUAUUGUCUUUCUGGUGCAGCUGUUGCAAAAAGCAGAGGGGCAGGUCUUCCCAGGUGGUUGUUCCUUUGAUGAACACUACAGUAACUGUGGUUAUAGCGUGGCACUGGGGACCAAUGGAUUUACCUGGGAGCAGCUCAACACCUGGGAAAAGCCAACGAUGGAUCCUGCUGUCCCAACUGGUUCCUUCAUGAUGGUGAAUAGCUCUGGACGGGCAUCUGGGCAGAAAGCUCACUUGCUGUUGCCCACCUUGAAGGAAAAUGACACUCACUGCAUCGACUUUCACUACUACCUGUCUAGCAGAGACCGCUCCAGCCCUGGCUCGUUGAAUGUCUACGUGAAGGUUAACGGUGGACCACAGGGCAACCCCAUCUGGAAUGUGUCGGGGAUUGUUACUGAAGGUUGGGUGAAGGCAGAGCUUGCCAUCAGUACAUUCUGGCCACAUUUUUAUCAGGUGAUAUUUGAAUCCGUGUCUUUGAAGGGACAUCCGGGGUUCAUAGCUGUGGAUGAAGUCAGAGUCCUUGCCCAUCCAUGCAGAAAAGCGCCUCACUUCCUGCGGCUGCAGAAUGUGGAGGUCAACGUGGGACAGAAUGCAACAUUCCAGUGCAUCGCCGGGGGGAAGUGGUCUCAGCACGACAAACUCUGGCUCCAGCAGUGGAAUGGAAGGGACACCGCGUUAAUGGUCACCAGGGUGGUCAACCACAGACGGUUUUCUGCUACAGUCAGCGUAGCAGACACGUCUCAGCGCAGCAUCAGCAAAUACCGGUGUGUCAUUCGCUCAGAUGGUGGCUCUGGCGUUUCAAACUAUGCAGAAUUAAUUGUGAAAGAACCUCCCACGCCCAUUGCGCCCCCUGAACUGCUGGCUGUCGGCGCCACCUAUCUAUGGAUCAAACCCAACGCCAAUUCUAUCAUCGGAGAUGGGCCUAUAAUAUUGAAGGAGGUGGAGUACCGUACAACCACUGGGAACUGGGUAGAAACACACAUCGUAGACUCGCCAAAUUACAAACUGUGGCACCUGGACCCCGAUGUGGAGUAUGAGAUCAGAGUGCUCCUCACCCGUCCUGGUGAAGGGGGCACAGGGCCCCCUGGGCCUCCACUCACGACAAGAACAAAAUGUGCAGAUCCAGUCCAUGGACCGCAGAGUAUGGAAGUUGUUGACAUCCGCUCCCGGCAGCUGACCUUGCAAUGGGAGCCCUUUGGUUACGCGGUGACCCGUUGCCACAGCUACAACCUAACAGUCCAGUACCAGUACGUGUUUAACCAGCAGAAGUACGAAGCAGAGGAACUCAUCCAGACAUCCUCACAUUAUACCUUGCGAGGCCUUCGGCCCUUCAUGACCAUCCGGUUGAGACUAGCACUUUCUAAUCCAGAGGGCAAAAUGGAAAGCGAGGAGCUGGUGGUACAGACUGAAGAGGAUGUUCCUGGACCUGUUCCCCUAGAAUCUAUCCAAGGAGGACCCUUUGAAGAAAAGAUCUAUGUUCAGUGGAAGCCUCCAAAUGAGACCAAUGGUAUCAUUACACUCUAUGAGAUUACAUACAAAGCUGUUGGGUCCUUGGAUCCCAGUGCUGACUUGUCCAGCCAGAGGGGAAAGAUCUUCAAACUAAGGAAUGAAACUCACCACCUCUUUGUAGGGUUAUAUCCAGGUACUACCUAUUCGUUCACCAUCAAAGCCAGCACAGUGAAGGGCUUCGGGCCUCCCAUCACAACACGGAUCGCAACUAAAAUUUCAGCACCAUCUAUGCCUGAAUACGACACGGACUCCCCCUUGAAUGAAACGGACACUACCAUCACAGUCAUGUUGAAGCCUGCUCAGUCCCGUGGAGCACCUGUCAGUGUCUAUCAGCUUGUUGUCAAGGAAGAGAGGCUGCAGAAAGCACGGAGGGCUGCAGACAUCAUUGAGUGCUUCUCUGUUCCAGUGAGCUACAAGAAUGCUUCCAGCCUUGACUCACCCCAUUACUUUGCGGCCGAGCUGAAGCCCAUCAAUCUGCCCGUCACGCAGCCCUUUACAGUGGGCGACAACAAGACCUACAAUGGCUAUUGGAAUGCUCCACUCUCACCACUGAAAAGCUACAGCAUCUACUUCCAGGCUCUCAGCAAAGCAAACGGAGAGACCAAAAUCAACUGUGUCCGACUGGCGACAAAAGCAGUACUAGCUAGGCAACAGGUGACCACACGAAACCCGCCCAGCCUCUUGAGCACAGGAGCUUCCACCCAGAAUUCCAAUGCAGUGGAGCCCGAAAAGCAAGCUGACAACACAGUGAAAAUGGCUGGGGUUAUAGCUGGCCUUCUGAUGUUUGUUAUUAUCCUCUUAGGAGCAAUGCUCACCAUCAAAAGGAGAAGAAAUGCAUAUUCCUACUCGUAUUACUUGAAACUAGCGAAGAAGCAGAAGGAGACUCAAAGCAGCACUCAGAGAGAGAUGGGUCCCGUUGCUACUUCAGACAAGAACACCACCAAACUCAGUGCAGUUCACAAUGAAGAAGCUUUUUCUUCCAGCUGUCAAGAUGUUAAUGGAUUCACAUCAUCCUCUCCUUGUUCAUUUUCUGUCCAAAGCAAAACCCUUCAGAGCAAAUCUUUGUUGAAUUCCUACUACUCAGUAUCAUCAGACACUGUUCCAUCGACUGCGCUGCUAGAGAGCAGCCACGGGGAAAUGACCCAGCCAACCCUGACCAUCCAGACCCAUCCGUACAGGAGCUGUGAGCCAGUGGAAAUGUCCUACCCCAGGGGGCAGUUCCAACCAGCCAUCCGAGUGGCCGACUUGCUACAGCACAUCACCCAGAUGAAACGAGGACAAGGCUAUGGAUUUAAAGAGGAGUAUGAGGCUCUACCCGAGGGGCAGACGGCAUCUUGGGAUACGGCCAAGGAAGAUGAAAACCGCAAUAAGAAUAGAUAUGGGAACAUCAUCUCCUAUGAUCAUUCAAGAGUGAGACUGCAGCUGUUGGAUGGAGACCCUCACUCAGACUACAUAAACGCCAACUACAUAGAUGGAUACCACCGGCCUCGUCACUAUAUUGCAACUCAAGGUCCCAUGCAAGAGACGGUUAAGGAUUUCUGGAGAAUGAUUUGGCAGGAGAAUUCUGCAAGUGUUGUCAUGGUCACCAACCUGGUGGAAGUUGGCAGGGUGAAAUGUGUUAGAUACUGGCCAGAUGACACAGAGGUCUAUGGCGAUAUUAAAGUCACAUUAAUUGAGACAGAGCCAUUGGCAGAGUACGUCAUACGCACAUUUACUGUACAAAAGAAAGGCUACCAUGAGAUCCGAGAGAUUCGGCAGUUCCACUUUACCAGCUGGCCAGACCACGGGGUUCCUUGCUAUGCCACAGGCCUCUUGGGCUUUGUUCGGCAGGUGAAGUUCCUCAAUCCGCCUGAGGCGGGGCCUAUAGUUGUGCACUGCAGCGCUGGUGCUGGAAGGACAGGGUGCUUUAUUGCCAUUGACAUCAUGCUUGACAUGGCAGAGAAUGAGGGUGUUGUAGACAUAUUUAACUGUGUGCGAGAGCUACGAUCCCAGAGGGUCAAUUUGGUACAGACAGAGGAGCAGUAUGUCUUUGUACAUGAUGCCAUUCUAGAGGCAUGUCUCUGUGGCAACACAGCAAUUCCGGUUUGUGAGUUCCGAUCCAUAUAUUACAACAUCAGCAGACUGGAUCCGCAGACAAAUUCCAGCCAGAUAAAAGAUGAAUUUCAGACCCUGAACAUUGUGACACCGCGUGUUCGGCCAGAAGACUGCAGCAUUGGCCUCUUACCAAGAAACCAUGACAAAAAUCGCUGCAUGGAUGUGCUGCCCUUGGACCGGUGCCUCCCUUUCCUUAUCUCUGUAGAUGGCGAAUCGAGCAACUACAUCAACGCUGCACUCAUGGAUAGCCACAAGCAACCUGCUGCCUUUAUUGUUACCCAGCACCCUUUACCCAACACUGUACCAGAUUUCUGGAGGCUGGUGUUUGAUUACAACUGCUCCUCCAUAGUGAUGCUGAAUGAGAUGGAUGCUGCACAGCUCUGCAUGCAGUACUGGCCAGAGAAAACGUCCUGUUGUUAUGGUCCAAUCCAGGUGGAGUUUGUUUCAGCAGACAUUGAUGAUGACAUCAUCAAUAGGAUAUUCCGUAUCUGCAACAUGGCCAGGCCCCAGGAUGGAUAUCGUAUAGUACAGCAUUUGCAGUACAUUGGCUGGCCAGCAUACCGGGACACUCCUCCAUCCAAACGCUCCCUCCUGAAGGUGGUCAGACGGCUAGAGAAAUGGCAGGAGCAGUACGACGGGAGAGAUGGACGCACUGUUGUCCACUGCCUGAAUGGUGGUGGACGCAGUGGCACCUUCUGUGCCAUCUGCAGCGUGUGUGAAAUGAUUCAGCAGCAAAAUAUCAUUGACGUGUUCCACAUAGUGAAGACGUUACGAAAUAACAAAUCCAAUAUGGUGGAGUCACUGGAACAAUAUAAAUUCGUAUAUGAGGUUGCACUGGAAUACUUGAGUUCGUUUUAGCCUAGCAGAGAUGGGGGCCUAUCGGAUUCCAGAUCCCCAAGUCUGAAGAACAGUUUUUUCCCGCACUAAAAGGCAGUAAUGGGUGUGGGGAUGGCCAGGCUCUCCAUACUGAAGCAAGGGUCAGAGUGUACUGACCUCAAUGCCAUUGGGAGGACGAGGUGAUCCCUGUGUUUGCUGCUGCCUGCUUUCUAUUGGAGCAUCUACCGCUUCUUAAAUAACCUAGCGUACAAAUUGGCUAAACAGGAGACGGACUGGAAGACUCUGCUUUCUAAUCCCCUCCAACCUCUUCUCUACCACUUUGGAUGUGUAUUUUUGCUCUCCUUGAUACAAAGGAAAAAAAUACUGGAAUAUUCUGUCUUUUAAACAGCUCCUUUUUCUGUUCUCAAAUCCCACCCUUUAAUUUUUGAAUUCCAUGCAUCAGCCAUUUGGAAAAAUGAGAGAACCACAGGGAACAUGUGAGACUUUUGGUUACAAUUAAUCCAUAUGACCUAUUUUUUUCAAGUGAAAAUGCCAUCAACGAGAAGUUGAAAUUCUCUUCCCCUUUCCUGUUCUCCCUAGACAUAAGACUAGGUGGUGGAAUUGGGAAGCUGUUACGGAUUCGCUGCACCAACUACUACACAAGCUUUUCCUUCCAGAUCCUGCUUGACUUCCAAGAUUGUGCAUGAACUGGUCACAUCUCUCUGAUUCAUGUUAGUGUCCUGGCUGGUGAAGCAAAUCAUAAAAAAAUGGGUUUCACAGCCAUUUGAUCAAACAAACUCUCCAUCAAACCAAUUGCAUUUGGUUUGUAAAUUUGGUAAUUUUUUACCACAUUUUUCAAGCAUUUGCUGGGGUGCAGUGUCUCUUUAAAAUGAAGAGUAUAAAGUAGAUACCUGUUGAUGAUGAUAUACUAUAGAUCAUUAUUAUUUAUAUCACUGUAGCACCUAGGAGACCUAGUCAUGGACCAGGAUCCCAUUGUGCCAGGUACAGACACAGAACAGAAAGAUAAUCCCUUCCUCUGAGUUUACAGUCUAAGCAUAUGUCUCCAAUGCAGAGUUAAUCUGGGUUUUUACCUGAGUUUUAGCCCAACCCCCCUCCCCACCAUCCACAUAGGAAAACCUCAGACCUGAUUAUGGAAAGGCUUUGGGUGUGGAUUAGAAUGCAGGCUCCUCUUUAACUCUGUCCAGAAUCUGAUCACUUUGCAGUGAGGAUGCAGGCUAAAUCACUCCAAUGCCCUGCCCACAAUUCCUCCCUAAGGACAGAAAGUUCUUCUGCAAUUGACUGGGAAAGAAUCUUCGAGCACCUCAGAACAAAUAACAUGGGAUAUGCCUCCAGGCACACACGGAUGAGUGCAGAAACAGUGAGGACACUAGCAUGGAUAGGUCUUUGUAGUGGGGAUGCUCGCAACUGGGUGCCCAGAUCCAGGUGCUGAUCACCCGGGUUAACUGUGCAUUGUAGACAUAGCAACCGUAUGAUUUUAAGUUGGGGAUUGACUAAGCUUUCUAUGCUGUCUGUUCCCAAGCUGUUGUACAAUCAGACCUAACUGUGUGAUUAUCCAGCUCUCCAGGCCAUGAGAUUUCUAAAUGGUAACCCAUUCGGGCUGUAUGAAAGGUUAUGCACAUUAAACACAAAACUAGUUUGGUGUUUGCUGGCAGGGCCGGCGCAACCCAUUAGGCGACCUAGGCAGUCGCCUACGGCACUAACAUUUGGGGGGCGGUG